UAGUAGGCGGGGCCUGUGAGAGGAGUGGGACGUAAACAGCUAGCAUGCUUGGUCGGUGCCCCAGUCACCGCAGAUUUCACACGACUGAUCCUGGUGUCGGUGAGCAGCAUCUCAUCAGACCCACUGCUGGUUCUGACUCAGAGGCGAAUUUCUCAGCUUUUUCUCGGGCCGACUCGUUGCGUUUGUGGAACGGGCGCUUACUUGCUAACUGAUUUAAGCUAGCUUCAGGGAGUUGUGCUUGUCUGAAAGCUGCUUAAGACUGAGCCGUCCGCUUCGUGGAGGUGGUUCCGUCAAGGUUCUGCUGAGGAGACGUCGCUGUGGAGGACUAGAGUCCGCAUAAUUCGUUCAGCGCGAGUACGUACAAGUUUUACUUUUUGUUCGGGACGAAGGAUUUGACCAGCACUGGAAAUAUCACGUUAAAUGACCGAUAAGAAGGUGUAUUUGUUUUGUCGAGGGCACCCUGAUGGAUUGAGGACGAGAUUACCUGUGUCCUAUUCAAACUACAGCUGCUUCUGACCAAAUUGCACAUCAACUCUGAGGUUGAGUUUGUUUAUGACAGCCUCAGUUUUUAAUGUUUUUUAACAUUUGUUACUUGUGUGUAAGAAGCACGUAUUUGUUCAGCUGAUGAUGGCGGAGUCCAGCUCUGAGGCAACAGCGACAACAGAGAUACUCAUCCAACACAGCACAGAGGAACCACCCUUCAGCACAGAAACCUCUAAAGAAUUGCAUGUAACCAUGACAACCGGGCAGGGCUGGACAAAGUCGAAUGUUGGCAUUGAAGUUCAUAGCGGCAGCACUGGUAGUCUUCAAAAGGAGGAGAAGGCCACAUCCCCAGAGUCAUCGUCACUAACACCUGAGACUAGGACGAUAACCACAGAAGAAGAAUCUGAGUUAGCCAGGCACAUCAAGACCGGAGAACAGGAGGGAGACCCGGGUCUGGAUCUGGACCUGGGGGAGAGCUCAUCUCUAGCUGGUGGCUCAGAGGACCAGCAGGAGUCUACAGACUCUGCAUCCUUCUCCAUCCCCAGCCUGGAGCUGUCAGAUGGGGUCACAGCCACAGGGAAUUCUAUGGAUGUGGACAUGGGUCUGUCUUCAUCCUACUCUGCUCUUGGUGCAGACUGUCCCUCUCCGUCAACCGAGGUCCCAAGUCUGAAGGAUGACGAGACCCGAGGGGUCGCAGAUGGCGCUGGUCCUGCUGUGAGUGCUGAGCCUGGUCCAUCCAUGCCUGCGUAUUACCUGGUGAAGUGGAUCACGUGGAAAGAGAAAAAGACUCCCAUCAUCACCCAGAGUGAGAAUGGACCCUGCCCCCUGCUGGCCAUCAUGAACACACUGUUCCUGCGCUGGAAGGCUAAACUUCCUGCUCAGACUGAAGUCGUCACCACUGAGGACCUGAUGGCUCACCUGGGAGAGUGUGUGUUGUCGGUCACGCCCAGAGAAAAGGCAGAUGGAAUGGAGCUCAACUUCCAACAGAACAUGAGCGAUGCCAUGGCCGUGCUCCCCAAACUGUCUACAGGGCUGGAUGUUAACGUACGUUUCACUGGAGUCACCGACUUUGAAUACACACCAGAGUGCAUUGUGUUUGACUUGCUGGACAUCCCGUUGUAUCACGGCUGGCUGGUCGACCCCCAGAGUCCAGAGAUGGUGGCUUCUGUCGGAAAACUGAGUUACAACCAACUGGUGGAGAAAAUCAUUGACUUCAAACACUCUUCUGACAGCAGUCGAGUCAGUGAAGGUUUGGUGGCGGAACAGUUCCUGGAGUCAACAGCAACUCAGCUGUCGUAUCACGGUCUGUGUGAGCUCAACACGACAGUUAAAGAGGGAGAGAUCUCUGUGUUCUUCAGGAACAACCACUUCAGCACUAUGAUCAAACACAAGGGCCACCUCUACCUGCUGGUCACAGACCAGGGUUUCCUGCAGGAAGAGGGUUUGGUCUGGGAGUCUCUUCAUAACGUUGAGGGCGAUGGGAACUUCUGUGACUCCGACUUCAGGCUGUGUCAUCCUCCUCAGAGAGCCCCACCCUCCUCCACCUUGCCCCCCUCCACUCAGGAGCAGCAGAGACAGAUCGACCAGGACUACCUGGUGGCGGUGUCCCUGCAGCAGCAGCAGGGCAGGAGCCCAGGGCCCCUCAGUGACCUGGAGCUGGCCCGUCAGCUUCAGCAGGAGGAGUAUCAUCAGCAGCAGCAGCAGCAGCAGCAAGGAUCAGUUCAGCCGACGCAGCAGGUCAGAGGUCAGGGGUCACAGACAACCAGAAGACGAGACAAGGACUCUGACUGUGUCCUCUUAUAGCCUCCUUAUCAUAAUCCUCUGUCCGCAGGAGGUCAGUAGCUCAGUGCGCUCGAUGCCAAACUCAGACCAGUGCUUUGUCUAAUGGUGUGACUCCAGAACUCACAGCGGAGUCUGGUUGAAAACACCACAACCACCGUGUACACGCCUGCCUGCAUCAAAGGCUCCGUUGAUAUUUGUAAAGACAUUUACUGAUGACUUAUAAACCAUUAAUAUCAACAUUUGUUUUGAAAAUGAUCGUUUGUUCACAAAGAGGGGGAACAAGCUAAUUAUCACAUUAUUAUAUUUCAUAUUAGUGAUCAUAUCAUCUGAAUUAUUUUACAGCUUUAAUUAUUCUAAAGUUUAACAAUAGUUCAUUAAAGUAAUAAAUUAAAAUCUUAUUAACUUUAA